AACAACAUUGCGCAUUCUGUGGAGUCAUCGCAGAUCUUAGUGCGAGCAUUUGACUGAUUGACUGACUGAAGAGAGUGAGAUGAAUCACCGAUGAAGAUCUUCUGUUACCAUCAACAGCAGUUCUCCCACGACACUGUUUUUGAAGGUACCCUCGCCCUGUCCGCCCUCGUUACUCCAAUGAUGACGUAAAUUUCACCCGUAUGCAUAUGAUCUGUAAGGCUAUUCUCUCCCUGGCAUAUCUGUAAGACUAUGUGACUACCUCGAGAUUCUGCCCGUUUUGAGUUGAAGUAUUCCGUGCAGCGAUUGGCCACGCGUAUAAUCGUCAUCUUGAUGCUGAAUAGAAGGAGGGCAGAAAGUCAAUAGUGGUUGUCCUUGUCUGUCUACUGAGCGAAGGAGUAGAUGCUGUAGCAUGAGAUAAUGCGUGGUCUGUAGCCGUGAGAACUUAGUCUGCAUCGCGUGAAGAUGAUGAUGAGGCUGUUGAUCAUUUUUUAGCUAACGUAAUCGUAAAGGUCCUCCCACGCUUCCACGACCAGAUGAUCUUGAUCAACUGACCACGCACCUAAAUGAUCGGACAGGGAGUAAACCUAAGCCUUCCAAAGGUGGAGCUUAUUUAAAAACACCAUACUCGAGGACACAACUCAUUUGAUGAACUUCAACAUCUGUGUUUAUUCUCCCUCUCGCACACGCUCCCCAUGAUUAAUGAUAACACUUAACGAUACAAAAUUUGAAUUUCACACGAAAUCACAGAUAAUUGAUGAUGACAUUUCCUUGUUCAAUGUCAAUCAUUCUUUGUACGUCUCGAAGAUAAUUAUUGAUAACACGAUCUUGUACAUCUCGCAGAUUUGAUUAAAAAUGAUCAGAAAUAAGAAGAUGAAGAUGAUACCAUGAUCACAUCGUUGGCGUCGUGCUGUCGCAGCAACAAUCGUUCCUCUCCCGUCAUAGCCAACUACUAGAACAGCUAAGCGGCCUCUAAAAAUCUACUUUCGGACGAGGCAAUCUUCCCGGAACCGCAACUGCGCUUUUUUCAGAGCAGCCUCUCCAAAAACAAGAUGCCGAUCUCUGACGAGUUAGCGGAGGAGAUGGCCAAGAAAAUGGUCAUGGACUUUCAAGGCAGAAAGGCAUUCUCCAUGAACAAGCACAAUAUCAACAAUAUCCUUGGUGUAAAGAAAGACGGCGCAUUUCGAGCUGAAGUUAAGGCUACAAUAAUAAUUCAUUGUUUUUGUUAAUCUUAAUGAUCAGAUGUUCCAGGUCUAACAAAGCUGUCCGUGCUCUGGGCAACCAUCCAAGUUGCAGCCUACACUGGCGCUUUGAGUGCUUGUGGUUGGUUGCCUUUCAGUGCUUGGGGUUGAGAGUAGAGAGACCCCGCUUACCGCCCUAGGCUGUGCCCCUUUUGGAGUGCCGUCUGUUUGGGCCUACUUUGCUUUUAUAUUUGUUAACUCGCUUAUUUCAGUUUUUCGAAUAGGCACAUUCAUUCACUCACUCACUCACUCACUCACUCACUCACUCACUCACUCACUUAAGAUGGUUUUAAAGAAGGUCUAACAAAGCUGUCCGUGCUCUGGGCAACGUCCUAGUCCAAGUUGCAGCCUACACUGGCGCUUUGAGCAAGUACCAAGCCUUUAAAGUGGAUGAUAAAGAGUCCAUGAAGAAAAUCGUCCGGAAAAUGAUGUCAACAAAAGGGGGCCUCCAUAAGUUGCUGAACGAGAAAUUUGAAGGGCUACCGCCACCACCACCGAGGACGCCGCCACCAGAAGUAGAGGGCUUCGACUACGGCGAUUUAGACGAGGACAUGCUAGCAGAAUUGGAGAUGGAAGUGCAACAAGCUGCGGGAUGAAGAUUAACUAGAAUCUAGUAUGAAGAUCCUCAUAAAAUUAUAAGAGAUGGAAGAAGUACAGCAGAGCAGACGGGGAGACGGGAUGAAGAUUCAGUAGGAGGAUUCUCCGAAGAAGAUGAUGAACAUCAAGGUAGGCAGUCCUAGGCUGGCCCGUAAUUCUUGCUGCUAGGUAGCAGUGUAUUACAGAUCAAGAACGCAUCACGGCGUUUGCUUCCAUACAGUACACGACACAUCAACAUGUUUGUUGGUGUGAUGCAUAGAGCAGGAUAUUAUUAGUUUGACGCGAUAAUGAUUUCAUACAACCAAGUAGAUGAACUAGAAGGUACUAGAGAAUGACCUUUUGAGAUAUAAAAAUGAUGAUGAUGCUGAUGAUGUCAUACCAAGUCUAGAGAAGCAUCAUCUUGGCCUUGAUCUCUAU